AUGGAACAAAUUUCGAUUCAGACCUCUUCAUUGGUCGGUGGUUUCAUAGGGCAAGCUCAUUUAACCAAUCAACGUGUUAAAACGCUUGGCGUGAAAGCGACAUCUCUCCCGUGCCUUAUUAGAGGAGUUAAAUGCGCUCAUGAUCUCUACACCUCAUUCCUGACAUCCUUCAUGACUGUAGAUGGGGUAAGUACUCUUCCAUCCGUUCACUUCCUCCCCCUAUUGGACAAUGUGACCUAUGCACGCCUCAACAUCACUACAGUCUCACCAGACCUCAACGGCGAAGCAGUAGCGAUGAGUAAUCAGUUCAGUCUGUGGAUAAUCAUUGUUAUGAGCCUCACAUGCCUCUUUACCAUCGCCUUUAUCCUCUGCGGACUUUUCAAGCGCGCCGACGCCUAUCAUAUGCCACUGACGCCUGAAGGCGAGAUUGACAUUGCCAACAUUGAGGGCCUUGGGCUGCAAGGAAAUGAGGGCAUGUUUGGCGUCUCUGGAACUGCCACAGGAUGGAUUUGA